AUGGUCGAAUCUUCUACAUUGACACGUGGCGAGCGUCCAUUGGAAAUUCGCCCAUUGUACAAGAGUUCAACAGGCUCUGUGCACAAGAAUCGUGAUCGUACCAAUCUGGUCCCAUGGUAUACGGAUGCAAGCAUCGUACCAAAAGACUCUUUCCUCGUUGCUUAUUCAAAGACCUUAAAGGAAGAAAAAAGGAAAGAAUUAUUUGAUAAUUUGAAGGCUGAUGAAUCUCUGGGAUGGGCUGUAAAUGUCAUAGAUCCAAAGGAACUAUCUGCAAAAAUGUUAAAGAAAACCAAGAUUAACCUCAAUGAGACCUCACAUGAAUCUGCCAUGAGCCUUAUCAGAAGAGUAACAGAAAUGGGAGUUCUUCUGACUGAGGUUUAUGUAGAUACAGUUGGAGAUCCAGAGAAAUACAGAGUGAGAUUGAUUGAACGAUUUACAUUCAUAAAAUUUGUAGUCCCAAAAAAAGCUGAUAGUCUAUAUCCAGUUGUGAGUGGAGCAAGCAUUGUCGCUAAGUUUACAAGAGAUCGAGCACUUCGAAAUUGGGAACUAGAUGAAACUGCUGAUAAUAUGAAUAGAAAUUUUGGCUCUGGGUAUCCAGGAGACCCUGCAACUAAAACUUGGUUGGGUGAUCACAAACACCCAGUAUUUGGAUUUCCAAAAUUAGUAAGGUUCAUCUGGGUUACAUGUACUCCCUUCUUCAAGAAUAUGGUUGAAUUUCUUUGGGAAUCUAAUGAAAUGGAAGAUGAUGAUUCUACGAAUAAUAAUAGAAAAAAACAAUCGAAACUAACUAGUGUUGACUUCACCGGAUUGAAGAAGACUACAAAAACAGAAGAAACUGAAUCAAGUGGAAAAGGGCGUUGCAAAUGUUUUCAGGCUCGAAAACUGCAGCAAGUCUCUCAAUUAUAAUUGAUUAGUGUAAUUCUGGUGAUUUUAUAGAACAAAAUUGUUUGUAAUAUCAGAAAGGAGGAACCGAUUUCUUGUUUGCUUAC